CAAUUCGAUUGGCUAAAAAAUGAAAAGCAAAAAUAACAUAAUCACAAAAAUAUUAAUAAAUCGUGGGCAUUGAAAUUUGAACCUCCAUUUUCUUCAUUCGCACGCGUUUAUAAUCAAAUUUCACCUCCCAAUUCCUAGCCAAAAAACGAGAAAAAGAACAGGGGGUAACAAAACAAAAACUCCCCUUCAAGAGGUUUUGGCAUAUUCCCAUCAAGAAGAGAACAAUUUCUUCGAAUCCCCACCAAAAAUCUAUACUUUUCUUCCUCAAUCGCGCCUCCCCUUGACCCCAGGCGUUCAAAGAUUCAAUCUUGGAGCUGAGAAGCUACGUUUCGAUUUGGCCCACAAUGAGCUUCGUCGAAAAGUUCCUCCUUUUCUUGUCCAUUUUGCCCGUCGCCUGUUUUUCUCAUGAAGAAACGAGUUUUAGCCCCCUCAUAGUCGAAGUGCCCGAGAUGAACGGCGCCGGGUUGGGAAAUUGGGCCCCAAAAGAAGCCCAUUUGGAGUGUACGAGCUGGAGGGUCUCCGUGGAGGCUAAUAAUCUGAGCCCAUGGAAAACGAUUCCGGUGGAAUGCGGCGAGUAUGUGAAGGACUAUAUGACUGGUAAAGGUUAUGAAAUUGAUCUGCAAAUGGUGUCGAAUGAGGCUGCAAAUUAUGCGAGGAGUGUUGAUUUGAGUGGUGAUGGGAAAGAUGCUUGGAUUUUUGAUGUGGAUGAGACUUUGAUUUCUAAUCUUCCUUAUUAUCAACAACAUGGUUAUGGCCUGGAGAUUUUCGAUAGUACAAAAUUUGAUGAAUGGGUGGAGACGGGCAUGGCACCUGCCAUAGAGCCUAGUUUGAAGCUUUACGAAGAGGUUUUGAAAUUGGGAUUUAAGGUGAUUUUAUUGACUGGUAGAAGUGAAAGGCACCGAGGUAUUACUGUCGAGAAUUUGUCGAGAGCUGGAAUUCGUGAAUGGGAUAAGCUCAUAUUAAGGUCCUCAGAAGAUCAUGCGAAGACCGCAACAAAGUAUAAGUCGGACAAGAGAGAUGAGCUCGUUGGGGAGGGUUAUCGAAUAUUGGGAAACUCGGGGGACCAAUGGAGUGAUUUAUUGGGUUCGUCAAUGUCUGCCCGCUCGUUCAAGAUUUCGAACCCCAUGUAUCACAUUCUUUAGACCUGAUAAGGCUCUCUUUAUGAAUUGUUUUAUGAUUUAAUGCUGAAAAUUGAAACAACUUUGUGUACAUUAUAUAAUUGGGUGAUUGGGACAUUCCUUUUUCACUUGACCCUUGAAAGGAAGCAAAAGAUUAUGUAAUGAGACUAUAAUGUGUACUGUGACUAACCUCAUUUUAAUGUUAUUAUUGUGACAUUAUUGAAUAAAUAACUAUCAAUUUCAAGCA